CUAUCAAUGACCUCUUCUGAUCUCUAUUUUUAAACACAUUCUUCCAUCACUACUAAUCUACUAUACGACCCCGCAUUUCUGUUGCUUUGGCACGUUAGAUUAGCCAUGACGAUUACACCGGCGGUCCGUGUUUCAGACCGGAGACUCGUCGCUAAGGACCGCACUGUACUGACAAACAUCCCCGAGAAUGUCACAGUCGCUGCCGGGUCGGAUUCUGGUUCGACGGACGGGUUGUUUUUGGGAGCGGUUUUCGACUCCGAAAGCUGCCGCCAGGUCAUCCCGCUGGGGAGGCUCCUGGACGUACAAUUCUUGGCUGCUUUCAGGUUUAAGCUGUGGUGGAUUUCACAGAUGAUGGGGAAGCACGGUCGCGACGUCCCUGUCGAAACCCAAUUUCUUCUUGUCGAGGUGAAAAACAGCCCUUCUCUGGCCGCCGCCGACGAAGACGUUUACUGUGUAUUCCUUCCGCUGAUUGAAGGGAAGUUUCGGGCUUGUCUUCAGGGGAAUUCAAACGACGAGCUGGAGCUGUGUCUCGAAAGCGGAGACCAAGAUGUGGUCGGGUCGGAGUUCACGCACUCUGUUUAUGUCCAUGUAGGAUCCGACCCGUUUACCGCCAUCUCCGACGCAGUGAAGGCGGUGAAACUGCACCUCAAGAGCUUCCGGCAGAGGCACGAGAAGAAGCUACCCGGAAUCGUGGAUUACUUCGGGUGGUGCACGUGGGACGCGUUUUAUCAAGAGGUUACUCAGGAGGGCGUGGAGGCCGGCCUGAAGAGCCUCUGUUCAAGCAGGACGCCGCCGAAGUUCGUCAUCAUCGACGACGGAUGGCAGUCGGUCGCCGGAGACCCAUCAAAGGAGGAAUCAGGGGAGAAGCCGUUGAUGAGGCUCACCGGCAUAAAGGAAAACUCGAAAUUCCAGCAGUCCGACCCGAACAACGUCGGCAUCCGGAGCAUCGUCAACAUCGCCAAGCAAAAGCACGGCUUGAAGUACGUGUACGUAUGGCACGCGAUAACAGGCUAUUGGGGCGGGGUCCGACCCGGAGUGGAGGGAAUGGAGGAAUACGGGUCCGAACUCAAGUACCCAAGCAUUUCAAAAGGAGUGAUGGAGCAUGAACCCACCUGGAAAACCGACGCAAUUGCGCUUCAGGGUUUGGGUGUGGUUAACCCGAAAUGUGCCCACAAGUUUUACGAUGACAUGCAUAGCUAUUUGGCAUCUGCUGGGAUUGAUGGGGUAAAGGUGGAUGUCCAAUGCAUUCUGGAGACUCUAGGGGGAGGGUUUGGGGGCAGGGUGGAGAUCACAAACCAGUAUCAUCAAGCUCUGGAUUCUUCUAUAUCCAAGAAUUUUCCAGAUAAUGGUAUCAUUGCUUGCAUGAGUCAUGGCACUGAUGCUCUUUACUGUGAGAAACAGGUAGCUAUUGUGAGGGCAUCAGAUGACUUCUAUCCCCGUUAUCCCGUUUCACACACCAUCCACAUUGCUGCAGUUUCUUACAACAGCGUCUUCCUCGGCGAAUUCAUGCUGCCUGAUUGGGAUAUGUUCCACUCUCUCCACCCAGCCGCUGAGUAUCAUGGCUCAGCCAGGGCUAUCAGUGGAGGUCCAGUCUAUGUGAGCGACGCACCAGGGAAACAUGAUUUCGAUCUCUUGAAGAAGCUUGUCCUCCCUGAUGGUUCUGUUCUGCGAGCUCGUUUGCCUGGCCGCCCUACAAAGGACUGCCUCUUUUCCGAUCCUACUCGUGAUGGAGUCAGUUUAUUGAAGAUCUGGAACAUGAACAAACACACUGGAGUUCUGGGAGUAUACAACUGCCAAGGUGCAGCUUGGGAUGUUGUUGAGAAGAAAAAUGUGUUCCUUGAAACCAAAUCUGAGGCCUUAACAGGCCAUGUUAGGGGCCGAGAUGUUCAUCUCAUAUCCGAAGCAGCUUCAGAUGACUCCAUCUGGAACGGGGACUGCGCGAUCUAUUCUCACAAGGAAGGCAAACUCACCGUUCUCCCAAAGGAUGCGGCGUUGCCUGUCUCCUUGAAAGUGCUGGAGCAUGAGAUUUUCACCAUCACACCUAUUAAGGAGAUGGCCCAUGGGUUGAGGUUCGCCCCACUGGGACUCAUUGACAUGUUCAAUGCGGGAGGAGCGAUUGAGGAACUGAAGUAUGAAGUGAAGUCCGGUGCGGAAAUGGGAGUAGUUACCGUGGAUGUGAAGGGGUGUGGCCGGUUUGGUGCUUACUCAUCUGCCAAACCAAGAAGCUGCAGGGUUGGAGGAAAUGUGACUGGCUUCGAAUAUGAUUCGGAUUCGGGAUUGGUUACUCUGAAUCUCAACGAUAUGCCUCCUGAACGCGAGAGAGUUCACCACGUUGUUUUUGAGGUGUAGCAUAGUAAGUAAUUCUUUGCCAACAGAUUUCAUUUGGCUCUAAAUUUGGUACAAGCUAAAGGGAUCGUUGCCCCUCUUAGAAUAUUAUUCUUGGCUCCAAUUGAUAUGGGAGCUGUAUUUGAUAAUUAAUCUCAUAAAUAAAGUCUAUUUUCUUUCAUGUUCUUGAACUGAUGUCUUACAUGAUGGCCUUUUUAGGGGGCGCGGGUGACC